CGUGUUUAUUUUGAGGAACAGCAACCGCACAUAUUACUAAAAAAAAAAAUAAAAUAAAAGUGCUGUAAAGCGAAAUUUGAUUGAGUUGACGAGAUUUUUAACAACAAACUAAACAUGGAACGGCCACAGAAAAUGCCCAAGGUGGCAAAGGUGAAAAACAAAGCGCCAGCCGAGGUGCAAAUCACCGCGGAGCAGCUGUUGCGCGAGGCGAAAGAGCGUGAUCUGGAGAUAUUGCCGCCGCCGCCCAAACAGAAAAUCUCAGAUCCCGCCGAAUUGGCCGAUUACCAGCAACGGAAACGUAAAACGUUUGAGGAUAACUUACGCAAAAAUCGCAUGGUGGUCAGCCACUGGAUCAAGUACGCACAAUGGGAGGAGCAGCAGCAGGAGAUACAGCGUGCACGCUCCAUAUGGGAGCGGGCGCUGGACAACGAGCAUCGGAAUGUAACGCUCUGGCUGAAAUAUGCCGAAAUGGAGAUGAAGAACAAACAGGUGAAUCAUGCACGAAAUCUAUGGGAUCGUGCUGUCACCAUAAUGCCACGCGUCAAUCAAUUCUGGUACAAGUACACCUACAUGGAGGAGAUGCUCGAGAAUGUGGCCGGUGCUCGGCAAGUCUUCGAGCGCUGGAUGGAAUGGCAGCCGGAGGAGCAGGCAUGGCAGACGUACGUGAAUUUUGAGCUGCGCUACAAGGAAAUCGAUCGUGCCCGCGAGGUCUACGAACGGUUCGUCUACGUCCACCCCGAUGUUAAGAACUGGAUCAAGUUUGCGCGCUUCGAGGAGACGCAUGGAUUCAUACACGGUGCUCGGCGUGUCUUUGAGCGUGCGGUUGAAUUCUUUGGCGAUGAAUACAUCGAGGAGCGUCUGUUCAUUGCCUUUGCCCGCUUCGAGGAGGGCCAGAAGGAGCAUGAGCGCGCGCGCAUUAUCUAUAAAUAUGCACUGGAUCAUCUGCCCAAGGAUCGCACGCCCGAGCUGUUCAAGGCCUAUACCAUACACGAGAAAAAGUAUGGCGAUCGGGCGGGCAUCGAGGAUGUGAUUGUGUCCAAGCGCAAGCAUCAAUACGAACAGGAGGUGGCCGCCAAUCCGACCAACUACGAUGCCUGGUUUGAUUAUCUACGCCUAAUCGAGGCCGAGGGCGACAAGGAGCAGAUACGUGAGACCUACGAGCGCGCCAUUGCAAAUGUGCCGCCGGCCAAAGAGAAGAACUAUUGGCGUCGCUACAUCUAUAUAUGGAUCAACUAUGCUCUGUACGAGGAGCUCGAGGCGGAGGAUGUGGGGCGCACACGGGACAUCUACAAGACCUGCCUGGAGCUGAUACCCCACAAACAGUUUACGUUCAGCAAAGUGUGGCUGCUGUACGCACAGUUCGAGCUGCGCUGCAAGGAGCUGCAGAAGGCGCGCAAAUCCCUCGGCAUGGCCAUUGGCAUGUGUCCCAGGGAUAAGCUAUUUCGCGGCUAUAUCGAUCUGGAGAUACAGCUGCGUGAAUUUGAGCGCUGUCGUUUGCUAUAUGAAAAGUUUCUCGAAUUUGGGCCCGAGAAUUGCGUUACAUGGAUGAAAUUUGCCGAGCUCGAGAACCUGCUGGGCGAUACGGAACGUGCACGGGCCAUCUUCGAGCUGGCCGUGCAGCAGCCGCGCUUGGAUAUGCCCGAGCUACUGUGGAAGGCGUACAUUGACUUUGAGGUCGCCCUGGGCGAAACAGAGCUAGCCCGGCAGCUAUACGAGCGGCUGCUGGAGCGCACGCAGCAUGUCAAGGUCUGGAUAUCGUUUGCCAAAUUCGAGAUGGGCGUCAGUCAUGGCCAGGGCAGAGAUGUCGAAGCGGAUGCGGAUGCCGACAUGAGCAUAUGCCUGGCACGUCGCGUAUACGAGCGUGCCAAUGAUAUGCUGCGACAGCUAAACGACAAGGAGUCGCGUGUCCUGCUCCUGGAGGCGUGGCGCGACUUUGAGCGCAAUGUGAACGAUGCGCAGUUCCUGCAAAAGGUGCUCGACAAGAUGCCGCGUCGCAUCAAGCGGCGACAGAAGAUCGUCUCCGAUGACGGCGUCGAGGAGGGCUGGGAGGAGAUCUUCGAUUAUGUAUUCCCCGAGGAUGAGAUGGCGCGACCAAAUCUCAAGCUCCUGGCCGCCGCCAAAAUGUGGAAGAAGCAAAAGGACAACGACAUGGACACCGAGCCAGCGGCAGCAGCAGCAGCUCCAGCCGAAUAUAUGAAACCACCUCCAGCUCCAGUUGAUGCAUAGAAAGGCAACCACCCUGCCCCGCUUCCUACCCCUGCAAGCUCUUACACUUUAAAAUAAACAUUUGAAUGGAA